CGUAUCCCUCAUACGAGUACUCCUACAUGGUGCACGACCCGCACACCGGCGACCACAAGGGGCAGGCGGAGAUGAGGAAGGGGGACGAGGUGAAGGGAGAGUACUGGCUGAUGGAGCCCACCGGCAACAAGCGCACCGUCAAGUACCACGCUGACCACACCGGUUUCCACGCCGAAGUCCACAACUCCCACCCUCAUAUCCACGAGAUGCCGAAAGAAGAGGAGAAGCACGAAGAGAAACAUGAAGAGGAGAAGCACGAAGAGGAGCACAAACCGGAGGAGCACCACGAGCCCGAGGUGCACGAACCAGAGGUCAAGGAGGAGGAGCCCAUCCACCACCCGAUCUACAAGACCAUCGUGCACCAGGAGAUCUACCAUCCGUACCACUACAAGCACGAGGAAGAACACAAGCAUGAAGAGAUGCACCACAAGCACGAGGAGAUGCACCGCCCAGUGAAGAUGUUCGAGGAGAUCAUCCACCACAAGGUGCACCACAAGGAGGAGGAGCACAAGCCGGAGGUCCACCACAUGAAGCCGAUCAUCAUCAAGCCCAUCCACGUGCCGCGCGAGCCGCUGGUGCACUACGAGCCGCGCCCGGUCCACUACCACCACCACGAGCAGCCCAAGGUCGAGGACCACGAGCACGAGUUGCCCCUUCUCUCCAUCUACAAGCCGCGGUACGAGCAUCAUCGGGAUCAUCAUGAGCAUCAGCAUCACCACGAGAACGAGGACUAUGGCUGGAUCCGCGGACCCCACGCCCGACACCACAGGGACGCCAAGAGACAACGCAAGUUCAAGGUUGAAGACCUCAACGCUUAAACCAUCAU